AUGCAUUUGUACAAUGCCUGGUUGCCGCCGCCGGUGGCGGAGGAGACUAAGAAGGAGAAGGACUCAUUCAAAGCGGUGGUGAAAGCUGUAAAGGAGUCUUACAGAGUGGAUGAUCCUGAAUCUGUUUUCGCUACUCUCAAAUGGGUCUCCGUUAUUGACCUUUUUAUCAAGGCGAAAAGUGAGAUUUUGUUGGAAGAUGUGACAGCUGUCGUUGAAAUUGGAUUGGAAUUAUUCAAUGUAGCCGAGGACAAACUUUAUGCUCAGGUUAGAUGGGGAAAUCUUUUGGUAAAAGUAUUGAACAAAUACCGAAAGAAAUUGUCCUUGAAAAUUCAGUGGCGGCCCUUAUAUGAUACCUUGAUCAAGACGCACUUCAGGAGGAAUACAGGCCCAGAAGGAUGGAGAGUGAGGCAACGGCAUUUCGCUACGGUAACAUCUCUUGUUAGAUCAUGUCGGAGAUUCUUCCCUCCAGGCUCUGCUUUUGAGAUAUGGUGUGAAUUCAGAUCGCUAUUGGAAAAUCCAUGGCAUAACUCUUCUUUUGAAGGCGCUGGCUUUGUUCGGCUGUUUCUUCCAACAAAUCUGGACAAUCAGGACUUCUACACACAAGAAUGGAUCUCUUCUUGUUUGGAACACUGGGAAUCUGUACCAAACUGUCAAUUUUGGAACAGCCAAUGGGCGUCAAUUACAGCACGUGUGAUAAAGAACUACGGAUCCAUUGACUGGGAAGAUCUUUUACCUACUCUAUUCAAUAAGUUCCUCAAUGUGUUUGAGGUUCCUGUGGCUAAUGGCAGUGGUUCAAAUCCAUUCUCUGUGGAUGUUUCAAGAAAUACUAGAUUUUUAUUUUCAAAUAAAUCCAUGACUCCUUCCCAGGCUAUUGCUAAAUCAAUUGUUUAUCUGUUGAAAUCCAAUGCCUCAGCACAACAAUACUUCGAAAAAUUGGUCAACCUCCUCGAACAAUAUUAUCACCCUUCCAAUGGUGGACGAUGGACUUAUUCUCUGGAGCGGUUUUUGUUCUACUUGGUGAGCAUGUUUCAGAAACGUUUGCUAAGUGAGCAAAAGAGCAGAAAUGAUGGCAUAAAAAGCGAACUCUUUCUUGAGCAGUCUGACCGAGUUGCUUUUGUGAAAGCAGUGCUGAAACUGAUUGACCGUGGUCAAUAUAGCAAAAAUGAGCAUCUUGCCGAAACAGUUGCCACGGCAACCUCUAUUUUGUCAUACAUGGAACCAUCACUUGUUCUACCAUUUUUAGCUUCUCGCUUCCAUAUGGCUUUGGAGACGGUCACUGCUACGCAUCAAUUGAAGAGCGCUGUGAUGUCUGUUGCUUUUGCUGGAAGAUCUUUAUUUCUCACUGCAGCAACGACAUUGCCAUCGAUGUCAGAUCAUGUUGAUAGUGCCAAUUCUUAUGUCGAUCUACUGAUGGUUUCUUUGUCCAAUGCAUUGCUGGGUAUGGACGCCAAUGAUCCUCCCAAGACCUUGGCAAGUAUGCAACUGGUCGGUUCAUUGUUCUCCAGUAUGGCUGUCCUGGAAGAUAGUACAAGUGAAUCUUCAUUUCUACCUGAAUUUCGCUUUUCUGAGUGGCUUGAUGAGUUUUUUUGCCGUCUAUUUUCUUUGCUUCAACACUUGGAACCCAGCAGUGUUUUGAAUGAAGGAGUGCAUUCGCCGAGCAGUUCUGGAACUUUUCUGGUUGAAGAUGGCCCUUACUAUUUCUGCAUGUUGGAAAUCCUUUUGGGGAGGCUUUCAAAAACACUUUAUAAGCAGGCUUUAACCAAAAUCUCCAAGUUUGUCAAAACAAAUAUUCUUCCUGGGGCCAUUGCUGAAGUUGGACUGUUGUGUUGUGCCUGUAUUAGUACGAAUCCAGAAGAGGCCGUUGCUCAUAUCGUGGAGCCGCUUUUAUCUUCUAUUAUAUCCUCCUUGAGAGGAACACCUGUUACCGGUUAUGGACACUCAGGAACUUCUGAGGCUGUAGGAGUAAGCAAGGACAAAGCCACACUUUCUCCAGCUCUUGAAACAUCUAUUGAAUAUCAGUUGAAAGUGCUAUCCGUUUCAAUCAACUAUGGUGGUCCAGCACUUUUACGUUACAAGGAUGAAUUCAAAGAAGUCAUUUUUUCUGCCUUUAAUUCAACAUCUUGGAAGGUGAAUGGUGCUGGGGAUCAUGUUCUGAGAUCUCUGCUUGGAAGCUUGAUCCUGUAUUAUCCCAUCGACCAGUACAAGUGUGUUUUUCAUCAUUCUGCUGCUGCUUCGUUAGAAGAAUGGAUCAGCACCAAAGAUUAUCCGGAAAACGAACCACCAGUUGGCCCAAAGUGGCACGUUCCUUGUGAUGAAGAACUUCAAUUUGCUAAUGAGUUGCUGCAAAUGCAUUUGAAUGAUGCUUUAGAUGAUCUUCAGAGGAUUUGUCAAUCUAAGAUCCAUUCUGAUCCAGGAGAGGAGAAAGAGCACUUGAAAGUGACACUUCUGCGUGUUGAUUCUUCAUUACAAGGUGUUCUGUCAUGUUUGCCAGAUUUCAGACCAUCCUCUAGGAGUGGGAUGGUUGAGGGGCCUGGCAAUUUUCCUUUCUUAAUUGCUGGAGCUACAGGUUCAUUUGUUGGCAGCACACAAUUGCGAGAAAAGGCAGCUGACAUUAUCCAUGCCACUUGCAAAUACUUGUUGGAGGAGAAGAAUGAUGAUAGCAUUCUCUUACUACUUGUCAUUCGUAUAAUGGAUACUUUAGGAAACUAUGGAAGUUCAGAAUAUGAGGAGUGGUCGAAUCACAGGCAGGCAUGGAAACUGGAAUCUGCUGCCAUAAUAGAGCCUCCCAUCAAUUUCAUAGUGUCAUCCCAUUCCAGGGGGAAAAGGAGGCCUCGAUGGGCACUUAUAGACAAAACAUAUAUGCAUUGCACUUGGAGAGCAUCACAAUCAUCAUAUCAUUUGUUUCGCCUGAGUGGCAGGAUUUCUCCCCCGGAUCAUGUGUCAAUUUUGAUGAAUGAUCUCCUUGAUCUGUCAUUACACAGCUAUGAAACUGUGCGCUUACUUGCUGGAAAAUACUUGCUGAAAAUGCUGAAAAGAUGGCCUUCUUCUAUUCCAAAUUGCGUGUACACACUUACUAAAAAUCUGCAGACUCCCAGUUCACCUGAAUAUGCCGUUUUGGGUUCUUGUGCGGUACUUUCAACGCAAACUGUUCUCAAGUGUUUUACAACGGAUGGAAAAGCUCUUUCUUCUUUUCUUUUUGGAAUUCUUUCAAGUUCCCAUCAUGAGUCACUAAAAGCUCAGAAAUCAAUUACUGAGCUUUUUGUCAAGUACAAUAUUUAUUUUGCGGGAAUAUCCAGAAGUGUUUUAACAUCAUCCGGAACUCAUCCUAAUGGAACGGAUUUCUCAAAUUUGGUUUCUGAAAUUGGUUCCAUGAGUUUUGGGAGCAGUAACUUGCACUGGAGGUACAAUCUGAUGGCUAAUAGAGUUCUAUUACUUCUGGCCAUGGCAUCUGCAAAUGACCCUCAUUCAUCAUCAAAAAUUUUAAAAGAAACUUCUGGUCAUUUCUUGAAGAAUCUAAAGAGCCAACUCCCGCAGACAAGAAUUUUAUCCAUCUCUGCUCUGAAUACUCUCUUAAAAGAAUCUCCCUACAAAGUGUCGGGUGGAAACACCACUUCCUCCAGUCCUGAACAGGAAACUAUGAAGUCAUCUCUUGAAGGAGCAUUGAGUAGUAUUUUCCAAGAAGAGGGGUUUUUCAAUGAUACUUUGAACAAUCUUUCCCAUGUGCAUAUAAUCACCGAUACAGAUAGUGCAUCUAGAGGACAUCACGGGAACAAUAGCUUCCAGAGCUUGGCAGAUAAAUCGAUCACUCACUUCUACUUUGACUUUUCUUCUUCGUGGCCUCGCACUCCUAACUGGAUAUCUUUAAUUGGAAGUGACACUUUCUAUUCAAACUUUGCAAGAAUCUUUAAAAGGUUAAUUCAAGAAUGUGGCAUGCCUGUUUUGUUGGCACUUAAAGAUGCUUUAGUAGAGUUUGUUAAUGCCAAGGAAAGGUCAAAGCAAUGUGUUGCGGCCGAAGCCUUUGCCGGGGUGCUGCAUUCAGAUGUUGCUGGUAUUUCUGAAGCUUGGGACAGCUGGAUGAUGACUCAGUUACAGAAUGUUAUUCAUUCACAAUCCGUGGAAUCAAUUCCAGAGUGGGCUUCGUGUAUACGUUAUGCAGUUACAGGCAAGGGAAGGUAUGGUACUGGGGUGCCUUUGCUAAGACAAAGAGUCAUGGAUUGUUUGUUGAGCCCAUUAAGCCAGACGGUGACUUCUGUCAUAGUUGCCAAGCGCUACAUGUUUCUUUCAGCUGCUUUUAUAGAAGUAUCGCCACGAAACAUGUUAGCAGCUGAAAUGCAACUUCAUUAUAGAUUGCUUGAGGAGUUGCUGGGUAAUAUGAGUCAUUCUUCAGCUCAAGUGAGAGAAUCAAUUGGAGUAGCCUUGUGCGUGUUGUGCUCAAACGUCCGGCUAAAUGAAUUCUUCGCCCCUAAAAACUCUUCCGAAGAGUCACUUGCAGAUGCACAUGGUUCUGUUAAUGCUGGGAAUUGGGAUAAAUAUUUAGUGCAACGAGCAUCAGAACUUGUUUUGAAUAUCCAAAACACAAGUGCAGCUGAUAUCAUGGAGGUUCAAAUUGACAUAAUCUCGGAUAAUGGGAAAUCACAUGAUCAUUCUAGAGAUGAAGUUAAUUGGAUGGAAACGCUUUUCCAUUUCGCCAUCUCGUCUCUGAAAUCAGGAAGAUCUUCAGUUUUGCUAGAUGUUGUGGUGGGCUUUUUGUACCCUAUCAUCUCCUUACAGGAAACGUCACAUAAAGAUCUAUCAACUCUAGCUAAAGCGGCUUUUGAAUUGCUGAAAUGGAGGGUCUUUCAAGGAACUAAUCUCCAGAAAGCUAUAUCCCUUAUUCUCUCUUCAGCUGGUGACUCCAAUUGGCGAACAAGAUCUGCUACUUUAACUUUUCUGAGGUCUUUUAUGUACAGGCAUACCUUCAUUCUCCCUAAAGUGGAUGAGAAACAAAUAUGGGGCACUGUGGAAAAGCUUCUAACUGACAAUCAAAUUGAGGUAAGAGAGCAUGCAGCGGCUGUAUUAGCUGGCCUAAUGAAAGGUGGUGAUGCAACUCUGUCUGAAGACUUCCGUAACAGAGCUUUUAAAGAAGCUAAUAUCAUCCACAAGAAAAAACAGCAAAGGAAGUUGCGCUCUGACCUUUCUGUAGCAUCAAUUCAUGGUACUGUUCUCGCUUUGGCAGCUUGUGUGCUAUCAGUUCCUUAUGAUAUGCCCAGCUGGCUGCCUGAGCAUGUUACACUACUUGCCCAUUUUGCAUCCGAGCCAUCCCCUGUUAAAUCUACAGUCACGAAAGCAGUUGCAGAGUUCCGGCGCACUCACGCUGACACAUGGAAUUUUCAAAAAGAAUCUUUUACCGAAGAGCAACUUGAGGUUCUUGUCGACACAUCGUCUUCAUCAUCAUACUUCGCUUGA